AUGCCCACCGUCUUGCUGCCCUCGUCGGCAGCCGCAUUUGCGCCGCGGUCGUCGCCGAACGUGGUGUUGAACGCCCGCAUCGAGCCGUGGCUGACGGCCACCCUGAAACGAGUCAACCGCGUCAAGCGACCUCUGAACAACGUCACCCAGCACACCAGAUGCCUCACCGAGACGCUGUCCUCGUCCAACGCCAUCUGGACCCUAUGCUCCAUGAUGUUCCCCAAGGCCCCCGAUGUCGACCUCAGGAAGGACGACAACCCGCUCAUGGAGGCCUUCAACUACCAGAUGAUCCACAUGGAAGCGUACGUCGUGCACGUCGACAUGGUGUCGCAGAACGAGGUAGCCUUCAAGUUGACCCCGGAGACCAUCGAGGCGCUGGUCGACUAUCACAAGGACAUCUACUCCGUCGACACCGCUGCCAACACCUGGGACUGGCCCGACAAGACCGGCCAGCUGAAGAAGCUGCAGGAGGAGUUCGUGCAGGCGGCCAACAAGUUCGUCUAUCGCACGGCGGCCGUCGCGCUCGAGGGCCUCGAGGAGGACGGCGCCGGGGAGCUGCUUGACGGGCGUAGCGAGGAUGCGAAGGCCGCGAUAUCCAGCCUGUUCGUCCCCUUGCUGCCCCCGCCGCCGCGCGUCGUCGAUGUGCUCCGUUCGACGCCUCUCCUGCCCAGCUCGACCGGACCGACCACUUGGUGGCAGGAGACAGUGCCGCAACCCCUGCCGAUGGACUCGUGGAAAGUGCUUCCGUCCAGCCCGGCCACGACCUGCGCCGCCGAGCCGAACCCCAAUCUCGGCGGCAACAUCGGCCGCCCUGGCGGCGCUCCCGCUUCCGAGUAUGCUAGUGCAGCCGUGCAGCACGGUGGCGAAUAUGGCGGGGUUUGGAUUGGGGGAUCGGUACCAGGAUUUCACACUGCCGUACGGGACAACAAUGUAACCGGUCCAUGGAACCAGACACUUGAUGUUAACGGUCUCCCUGACUUCGCGUGUCUUUGGCCUAGAUCGCAGGAUCCAUACCGACAGAACGAAUGGCCCGCCCCGGGGCCCGGAAACACACAGCCACGAGAACGACAGGGGCCAGAUCCCCACGGAUACAGACAUCAGACUAAUUGGCAUCAAUGA